CCCAUUUUGAAAUUGCUGCCUCCGCAGCGUUUGUCGGAGGGGUAUUUUGGGACAGGGAAAAAAUACCGCGGUUCAUAUUGCGUUGAACGGGCCUGGUGGUUUUUUGUUCCGUCGGUACGAUCUUCACUCACUCCCUUCAUUGAUUUCACCGUCGGAGCAGUGCUCUCCCCGUUCUGUGUCUUCUCACGGGCGAAAUCAGUAAGCGCUCUCUCUCCUUCCAGUUUCUUCGCCGGUCAGUCGCAGAAGUGCUCUCCC